UCCCGCUCGGGCUGCGCUAACCGGCCGCUUCCAGCCCCGAUGCGGGUGCGGGCACGGGAAGGAGCGACGGGCGGCGGGCCCCUGUCCGGCCCGGGUCCCCGCCGCCGCUCCCUGCGACCCGGCCGGGCCUUCCCGGGCUUCUCCGGGGCGGGGAGCGCCCCUCCGGGCGGCGGGACAUUCUCCCCGGGGAGCACGCUCGGGCCGCGCCGCGGCCACCCGAUUUUGAUCCGGCUUUUAGGCUUGUCCCCCUAUCCUUUCCCCGAGUGCCCUCUCUUUACACCCUUCUUCAUCCACGGGCCCUGUGGGCCGGCUUCAUUCAGGAGGCUUUGAGGAGAAGCCAUCAGCCCCGGGGUGGAGUGAAGUUUUCCUCCGGAAGGGCCGACGGGGAGAAAGCCAGAGGGUCAAGUCCCUGGUCGGCGUGGUGGAAGGUUGGGGACCGUCCGCGGAGGGCUGCCCAGCUGUGAGGCUGGAGCGCACUCAAGGCGGCUUGUAGGUGGCUCUGCCCGGAGGAUAACACAAAGAAAGAAAUUGGAAUCUGCCGCUUCGGGACCCAGAUAAAUUGUACAGUGCUGGAAGGUGGCGAUGGCUGUGGCCCUGGGUUGUGCAAUCCAGGCCUCCUUGAAUCAGGGCUCGGUAUUUCAAGAGUAUGAUACCGACUGUGAGGUCUUCCGCCAGCGCUUCCGGCAGUUCCAGUACAAAGAAGCAGCUGGGCCUCAUGAAGCUUUCAACAAACUCUGGGAGCUCUGCUGUCAAUGGCUGAAGCCAAAGAUGCGUUCUAAGGAGCAAAUCUUGGAGCUGCUGGUGUUGGAGCAAUUCCUAACGAUUCUGCCCACAGAGAUAGAGACCUGGGUGAGGGAACAUUGCCCAGAGAACAGAGAAAGAGUUGUGUCACUGAUAGAAGACUUACAGAGAGAACUUGAGAUACCAGAGCAGCAGCUCGAUAGGCAGGAAAUGCUCUUGGAAGAACUGGCACCAGUGGGAAUGGCACACAUACCGCCAAACAUCCACCUGGAGUCACCCCCACUCCAAGUAAUGGGACCUGCCCCGGAGGUCCCAGUGGCAGAGGCGUGGAUCCCACAGGCAGGGCCGCAGGAGCUGAGCUUCGGUGCUGCUGGGGAAGGCCAGCCCUUUCUGGACCCUGGAUAUCCAAUACCAAAACUCGACGUGAGCUUUCCAUUGGAGCAUAGAGAAGAGGCAUGGGUGAAGGAACUACAAGAUUCCAAAGAAAUUAAGCAAUUACUCGAUUCCAAGUUAGGUUUUGAGAUCGGGAUAGAAAAUGAAGAAGCUACUUCAGAAAAACAGAAGAAAAUGGAGAAUAUGUAUCCAUUUAUUGUUACUUUAGAGGGGAAUGCUCUUCAUGGCCCCAUCUUGCAAAAAGACUAUGUACAGUUAGAAAAUCAAUGGGAAACCCCCCCAGAGGAUUUACAGAGAGAUUUAACAAAACUUGUAGAGCAUCAGAACCCCUCAGCAGGAGAGAAACCUGAGAGCUCCAACUUGGAAGAACCCCUCAACCCUAGACCCCAUAAGAAAAAGAGUCCAGGAGACAAACCUCACCGAUGUUCUCAGUGUGGGAAAUGUUUUGCUCGGAAGUCACAGCUUACAGGGCACCAGAGAAUUCAUUCAGGAGAGGAACCUCAUAAGUGCCCUGAAUGUGGAAAAAGAUUCCUUCGUAGUUCAGACCUUUACAGACACCAACGACUUCAUACGGGGGAGAGACCCUAUGAAUGCACGGUGUGUAAAAAGCGAUUCACUCGGCGGUCACACCUUAUAGGGCACCAGAGAACCCAUUCUGAAGAAGAAACAUAUAAAUGCCUUGAGUGUGGGAAAAGCUUUUGUCAUGGAUCAAGUCUUAAAAGACAUCUGAAAACUCAUUCAGGUGAGAAACCUCAUAGAUGUCAUAAUUGUGGGAAAAGUUUUAGUAGGCUGACAGCUCUUACUUUGCACCAGAGAACUCACACUGAAGAGAGACCAUUUAAAUGUAAUUACUGUGGGAAAAGCUUUAGACAGAGACCAAGCCUUGUUAUUCAUUUAAGAAUUCAUACAGGGGAGAAGCCAUACAAGUGUAGUCAUUGUUCUAAAAGCUUCAGACAGAGAGCAGGCCUUAUUAUGCACCAAGUCACUCACUUUAGAGGUCUUCUUUAAGGAUUGUUAAAGGAAACAAGUCCUACAGAGAUUGACAGUAACUCAAAAAACAAAAUCUUAAACCUGCAGCAUCCUGUUUGUCUUGGAAGAAUUUUUUUGUUUGAGCUUAUAAGAACAGCUUUUUUUUUCUACUUUAAAAACCCAUCUUCCAAGUCAUAUGAAUUCUAGAGUAUCCAUCUACUCUUGCAGUUUUCCUAGAUUUGAUUUAUUCUGUCUCUACAACUCUUAUUUUUUUAUUACAUUGAAAAAUUUUGUGAACCAAGCCAACUGUAUCAUAGAUGUAAGCAUAAAAAUAAUGGCAGUCCUUUUCAGGGUAGGGUCAACUAAUGGAUAAUCAUAUUUAUCUGACAUAUCUAUUAUAGCAGCACCAUAAUUAUUCUGCUGUCAUUAUUAAAGGUGAUUAUAUUAGUUUAAAGCUUUAUAUGUGUCCCAAGUGGCAAGAAAGGAAACAGUGUAUUUUAUGAAAUAAUGAAAAUGUGUUAGGAACACAUGGAUGAAGACGAUUUCAUUUGCCUGGUAUGAACUGGGUUCUUUCCAUUGAAAAUUUUAUUUUUGAGGAAAUUAGAAUUUUAAUCUUUACUUUUGAAUUUUCAAAGUUGGCUAGUCUGCUUAGUUGCAGCCUGGGGUGAUGCCGCUUAGAGCUGAGUAUUGAUUUGAUGAUUUAUUUUGUUCCCAGAAUAAGUCAGCUCUUUGUGGAAGAACCCAUUUGACAGUUGAAGUUAUACAAGUGGAAUCUAAUUUAAUUUAGAUUGACUGAGGAACCAGUGUCCAUUGCUUUUCACUCUCCUUUGCUAUCCAACUAUGUAUCUCUCAGUGCUUUUGAAUUUUACCCAUCCUUUAAUUCAGUGUCUCCCUAAGUGUGUGUCAUAGAACACCUAGUUCUACAAGAUAGUCUGCAAAUAAGUUUGGGCAUCACUUCCUGCUGUUUCUGCUUUGUAGAUUCACAGCGCACAUCAGCAUGUAAGAAUUCUGAGAGGUCCUCUGGUAAAGGCAGAAAAAGCACCUCUUUUGGCUCAGUGUUUUACAGUCCUGUUUGAGCCCAGAACCCUUUUUCAUGUAUACCCAGUAAUGACCCACAGAGCUAGUAUUCUGCAAAUAUUCUUUGGAACACACUGCCUUUAACAGAUAUUUCUAUAGCUAUCUGUAUAGUCUGAUUGUUCCCAAGCCUCGUUAUCUCCAGUUGUCUCAAGGGUGUUAUGAAAAACUCUUUAAACUUAUAUGUUUUUUAUGUAACACACACACACAUUAUUUAAGGAGGUGAAGGUCACUAAUUCAGAUAUUUAUACGUUGCUCAGUGAUUCACAGCCUCUUUGAAUUUUACUUAUAAUCUCACACACACACACAUUGCUACUUAUAUAAAUGUUCUCAUAUAAUAGUGGUAAUGACUCAAGUUCCUGUAGCAAGGGAAGAACUCUCUUUGUCAGGUAAAGCUGUUAAUACAUGAAAAUAUUCAUUCAGCCUAGUUCCUUGUUGUAAAAUACAAGAAAGAGGACAUUCAAGUAUUUCCCCUUUAUGAGGAUACCAGUCAUCCUUUCCUUAAACUAGAAUUACGGAAAGAAUAUUUUUUUCUAUUCCAUUGAAGUUCUUGGAAGUGAUAUUUAAUAUAAGCAUUUUGGGGGUAUCUACUAUGUGCCUAACUAGUCCUGUUCUAGGCUUAAUGAAAACUAGUAAAGAAAUUAAUUCAUAAAGAGUUUAUAAUAUCUUUAGUAAAACAAGAGUUGGGAAACAAAUGGAGAGCAAUGCAAGAGAGUUUGUAGUUAAGUGCCAAAUCAUAUCAAGUGCUAGAGCCAGGAUGUGUCUUUCAUUUUUGUCAUCUAGGUCCCAGUAUGAUGCUGCUAUAAGUUUGGGGUUAAAAUUGAGAUCCCAGUAGCAAUAAACAUGGAACAUGGGAGGAGUCUGAAUGUAGAGGUGAAUAAUACCGAAUGUAAUGGCUUCUCUUUUCUCUCUUGUGUAAUUGCAUUCAAUCCAGGACAGUGCCUUAGAAUGGAUGUGCCCAACUGCUCUGUAUCUAUGCAAUAUUUUAAUAAAGUGGAAAUGUAUGUGCCCUUCCUGCUUCAAUCACAUUAACUAAUUGUUUGAACAACUUAGAGAUG